UUUGGGCACCCACAACAUAAUCUAAAAAAAACCAUCAACUUCAACCCACAGCCUUUGAACCGUUGCCAACACAUCUCUCUCUAUAUCUCAAUAUUUCAUCAGCUCCCUUACUUUUACCGGCAACACCACCCUGUAAUCACCGGCAACAAUCAACAAUGUCAACAACAACAACAUCACUCCUCUCCUCCCCUCUUUCUCUCUCCUCAAAAACCCACCUUCAACACCCCCAAACAACCCCAACUCUAAAACCCACAUUUUCUCUCUCCUCAUCCUCUACUUCCUCCAUUAAACCCCUCUCAAUCUCUCUCUCUCCUCACCUCCGCAAACUCCCCCCACCUUCAGCCAUGGCAAUCGAGAAAGAAACCCCAGAAAACGAGGCCCCACUUACAUUCCUCAAAGAAGACGGGUCCGACAGUGUCCGAGGAAGGUUCGAGAAGAUGAUUAGAGACGCACAAAAUAAGGUUUGUGAAGCAAUUGAGGUUGCUGAUGGUGGGGCCAAGUUUAAGGAAGAUGUUUGGUCGAGACCAGGUGGUGGUGGUGGUAUUAGUAGAGUGUUACAAGACGGCGCCGUUUGGGAAAAAGCUGGUGUUAAUGUUUCAGUUGUUUAUGGUGUUAUGCCCCCUGAUGCUUAUCGUGCUGCUAAAUCUGAUGGUGGGUCCCAUAAACCUGGUCCUGUUCCUUUCUUUGCUGCUGGAAUUAGCUCGGUUUUGCAUCCCAAGAAUCCGUUUGCGCCAACAUUGCACUUUAAUUAUCGUUACUUUGAGACCGAUGCUCCAAAAGAUACUCCUGGAGCACCUCGACAAUGGUGGUUUGGUGGUGGUACAGACUUUACGCCAGCCUAUAUUUUUGAGGAAGAUGUUAGACACUUCCAUCAGGUCCAAAAAGAUGCAUGUGAUAAGUUUGAUCCCAGCUUCUAUCCUCGUUUCAAGAAAUGGUGUGAUGAUUACUUUUAUAUCAAGCAUCGAGAUGAGAGAAGAGGGCUCGGUGGAAUCUUUUUUGAUGAUUUAAAUGACUAUGACCAAGAGAUGCUUCUUUCUUUUGCCACUGAAUGUGCAAACUCCGUGAUACCUGCAUAUCUUCCCAUCAUAGAGAAAAGGAAAGACACACCUUUUACUGAUAGCCACAAGGCAUGGCAGCAGUUACGAAGGGGACGUUACGUAGAAUUUAAUUUGGUUUACGAUCGAGGUACAACUUUCGGAUUGAAAACUGGUGGUCGGAUUGAGAGUAUUCUGGUCUCUCUUCCCUUGAGUGCUCGCUGGGAAUAUGACCAUAAGCCAGAAGAGGGCAGUGAAGAGUGGAAAUUGUUGGAUGCUUGCAUCAAUCCUAAAGAAUGGUUAUGAAGUGAUAAUGUCUUUGUAGAACCAACCUGACAACUUUUGCCGAUUCCCGCCUUCCUGUUGAGUGAGUGCUUGAAGCCGUAGUGAUGAGCUCGAGUUCUUGUUUGUUCAUAGCAAAUGAUUUGUGUUUUUUUUUUGGGAGGGUUAGCUGUUCAAUUGUAGAUUAAUUCUGAUAGUCAUUUGUGCAAUCAUAGAUGUAAUAACCUCAAUGAAUGUAAUCAGGUCAAAUUUGUAAGAAUUUUGGCAUCUCUUCUGUAUCAACGCAUGCCUAUUUUCCAAGGACUCUGUUGUGAACCA